AAACAAACAAGAACACAUGCAGAUCAUCAACCAAACCCAGGUCUUCCUUGCUGACAGUACGAAGAUCGAUAUAGUUCUCGAUCGGUGUGACGGACGACACGAGAAUCCAAGGACUUUUGCUGGCAGCUUUGCGGAUCCCGAUAACAUUUGGCAACGAAGGAGCCAAAAAAAGAGGGUCCAAUGCACCCGAGUUGUGCAAGUCGUAACAAUAAAUAUCUUGG